UGGCCCAACAGGCCCAUGAACCGGGUCCAGCAGAAGGACGGACGGAGAGGAUUCAACUCCGUGGGAGCUCUGCCGUUGUCUACGAGGGAGCUGCUGCCGUCGCCGUCUCCAGCGUGCGAGGAGGAGCCGCGAUUAAUAAAAGGCUCCUGCGCCGCAGCCCUGCCCUCUUUGCCAUCCAAGAGUCCAAAGCACUCCAAACCCACCUGCCCCCAGCCAAGAAAAAGAGCAGAGCCGAGGCGAGCCAAGGGGCGCCCGCAGCAAAUUCCAUCUGCUCCUCUCUCCCGCUGCCUCCUCCCAAGACUACACUUGGCCAUGGCAUCAGCUAUUACCAUUAGUUCAGUUAGUGCUCAGGCUGCUCUGAUCUCAAAGCCAAGAAAUCAUGGCAUCACUAGCUACAGUGGCUUAAAGGCAUCAUCGUCGUCGAUUAGCUUCGAAACAGGAUCGUCAUUCCUCGGCAAGAAUGCAUCCCUUCGGGCAUCUGUUACCCCAAGGAUCGUGCCAAAGGCCAAAUCUGGAGCUCAGAUAUCACCUGAGGCAUCUUACAAAGUGGCGGUACUUGGUGCUGCUGGUGGCAUUGGUCAACCAUUGGGCCUGUUAAUUAAGAUGUCUCCUCUGGUCUCAGAACUGCGCCUGUAUGAUAUUGCAAACGUCAAGGGAGUUGCUGCUGAUCUCAGCCAUUGCAACACACCUUCUCAGGUUCUGGACUUUACUGGCCCGGGAGAAUUAGCCGACUGCUUGAAAGGUGCGGAUGUUGUUGUCAUUCCUGCCGGGGUCCCAAGGAAGCCAGGCAUGACUCGUGAUGACCUUUUUAACAUCAAUGCGGGCAUUGUCAAGUCACUUAUUGAGGCUGUUGCAGACAAUUGCCCAGAGGCCUUCAUCCAUAUUAUCAGCAACCCAGUCAACUCCACAGUGCCAAUUGCUGCUGAGAUUCUGAAACAGAAGGGUGUCUACAAUCCCAAGAAGCUUUUCGGAGUUUCCACCCUGGAUGUUGUCCGAGCUAACACAUUUGUUGCUCAGAAGAAGAACCUUAAGCUCAUUGAUGUUGAUGUUCCAGUUGUGGGUGGUCAUGCUGGGAUUACAAUCCUACCGUUGUUGUCAAAGACUAGGCCAUCUGUCACCUUCACGGAAGAGGAAACUGAGGAGCUGACAAAGAGGAUACAGAAUGCGGGGACAGAGGUGGUGGAGGCGAAAGCUGGUGCUGGAUCUGCUACCCUGUCCAUGGCUUAUGCUGCUGCCAGAUUUGUCGAGUCAUCACUCCGUGCACUGGCUGGUGAUCCAGAUGUUUAUGAGUGCACGUAUGUUCAGUCUGAGUUAACCGAGCUGCCAUUUUUCGCAUCCAGAGUGAAGCUUGGAAAGAACGGCGUUGAGUCCAUCAUUUCCUCCGACCUGGAGGGAGUGACCGAGUACGAGGCCAAGGCUCUCGAAGCUUUGAAGCCUGAGCUGAAGGGCAGCAUCGAGAAGGGCAUUGAGUUUGUGCACAAACAGCAGGGAGCUACUGCAUCCGUUUGAAGCGAGCAGAUUGAUAAUUCCAUAUGAAGAGAAAUAAAGGCAAAACCAUUCUUGUUAUCUCUUAGUUUUGCAGCCUAGAAUUUUCCAUAUUGACAUGUAGGAGGAUGCCCAGAGCAGCUACAAUUGUUCGCCGGUUUCUUAUGAUAUUGUUCCAUUUUACAUGUCCUCAACUUGCUCCCUGUUCUGGGGCCUUAUUUUGCUUGACACAUCAAUUUUGGUCCUGUUCUACUCUGGCUGGCUGUUCUUGUAGCUCGUCGAAGUUGACAAACAAUGGAAUAAUAAUAAAGCACAUCUUUGAUAGUUA